AGCAUCGCCACUUGACUAGUCUCCCAAGUUGCAGGAAGCCUCUGCCCUGAUGGAAUUCGCAGGUGUGGAGAUGACCAUGGGAUGCCAGGGCCGUGGGGGACCGUUUAUUUUCUAGGCAUUGCUCGGGUUUGCGGUUUCUGGCUUUCCUGGUGGAAUUUGGAAGGGGUCAUGAAUCAAACUGAUGCUCCUCGACCCCUGAACUGGACCAUCCGGAAGCUGUGCCACGCAGCCUUUCUCCCAUCUGUCAGACUUCUUAAGGCUCAGAAGUCUUGGAUAGAAAGAGCCUUUUAUAAAAGAGAAUGUGUUCACAUCAUCCCCAGCACCAAAGACCCCCAUAGGUGUUGCUGUGGGCGUCUAAUAGGCCAGCAUGUUGGCCUCACUCCCAGUAUCUCGGUUCUUCAGAAUGAGAAAAAUGAAAGUCGCCUCUCUCGAAACGACACCCAGUCUGAGAAGUGGUCCAUCAGCAAGCACACUCAACUCAGCCCCACCGACGCUUUUGGGACCAUUGAGUUCCAAGGAGGAGGCCAUUCCAACAAAGCCAUGUAUGUACGAGUAUCUUUCGAUACAAAACCUGAUCUCCUCCUACACCUGAUGACCAAGGAAUGGCAGCUGGAGCUUCCCAAGCUUCUCAUCUCAGUGCACGGGGGUCUGCAGAACUUUGAACUCCAGCCAAAACUCAAGCAGGUCUUUGGAAAAGGUCUCAUCAAAGCAGCCAUGACCACCGGAGCAUGGAUAUUCACUGGAGGAGUCAACACAGGUGUUAUUCGUCAUGUUGGCGAUGCCUUGAAGGACCAUGCAUCUAAGUCUCGAGGAAAGAUAUGUACCAUAGGUAUCGCCCCAUGGGGAAUUGUGGAAAACCAGGAAGACCUGAUUGGAAGAGAUGUUGUCCGGCCAUAUCAGACCAUGUCCAAUCCCAUGAGCAAGCUCACUGUUCUCAACAGUAUGCAUUCCCACUUCAUUCUGGCCGACAAUGGGACCACUGGAAAGUAUGGAGCAGAGGUGAAACUUAGGAGACAACUGGAAAAGCAUAUUUCACUCCAGAAGAUAAACACAAGAUGCCUGCCGUUUUUCUCUCUUGACUCCCGCUUGUUUUAUUCAUUUUGGGGUAGUUGCCAAUUAGACCCAAUUGGAAUCGGUCAAGGCGUUCCAGUGGUGGCGCUAAUUGUGGAAGGAGGACCCAAUGUGAUCUCAAUUGUCUUGGAAUACCUUCGAGACACCCCUCCUGUGCCCGUUGUUGUCUGUGAUGGGAGUGGACGGGCAUCCGACAUCCUGGCAUUUGGGCAUAAAUAUUCAGAAGAAGGCGGGUAG